CUUUUUAGUUGGUGAAGGAGCUUACAGAUGGGCAGUUGAUCACGGGAUACCAGCAUGUCCUCCAGGGUUUAGUUUAGCAGCUUUUAAGAGGAACAAGAGGAAGCUGGAGUUGGCUGAAAAGGUGGAAACAGAUCUCAUUCAACUAAAGAAAAGAAGACAAUCAAAUGAAAAGGGCUCCAGAGUCAUGUGCAGCGCUUGUGGGAGACCUCCAAAGGCCAAUGAUGGUGGUAAAGGAGGGGAUCAAAUAGAGCUCUACUCACUGGAGAAUGACUCAGGAACAUUGGAUACAGUUGGUGCAGUUGUUGUUGACCAAGAAGGAAAUGUUGCUGCUGCUGUCUCCAGUGGAGGUUUAGCACUAAAGCAUCCUGGAAGAGUUGGUCAGGCAGCUCUUUAUGGUUGUGGCUGCUGGGCUGAAAAUACAGGAGCUCAUACCCCUUACUCCACUGCUGUGAGUACUUCAG